CCUGUGGUCAUCAUUUGGCCCAGCUGUGCAUAUUUAGCUCUUAGUCUUUUCUCAUAAAUCAGUCCCUCAGGUACUGCAGCUAAAAAAAAAUAAUGGAAGUGGUCUGGCACAUUACAUCAUUCAGUUAGUUUUCAGAUUUUUCUAUGUCUGAUUUUUAUCUAAAGCUGUGAUUUAUUGAGCAUUGUUUUUCUCUAUUCUGGGUUUUCCCCCUCCCCCAGCUUUCUAUACUGCUCGCAGCAUGGCUAGCACCAGAAAAUGACGCUUUCUCCUUAAUCUGUCUGAUAUUCGUAAAUAAUUUUUUUUUUAAGUAAAGGGUCAGAUUAUGGCUAGUCCUGCAAAGUUUCCCAGGUAAAGAUUGGGGGGGAGUAUACAAAGAGCUGUCCCACCUCUCUAAACCACUUCUUGCUUCUAUCACUGUACAAAGUCCAGACAACAACAGCACAGUCCUUGCUUUCUGUAAGUGAUAGCUCCAGGCUAGUGUGGGCAGUGGCAUUAUUGGACACAAGGGCCGAGCUAUGGUUUCUCUUUCCUUUCAUCCUUUGUUUGGAAGCUCCUUUACAUGUGCUGUUGUGGUGGUGAUGUGUGAGGCUUAGGAACAGCCAGAAAAGUGGAGGAAUUAGUGGUGAGUGCACUGAGUAACUUUCUACAAUGUGCCUCCUUUUCCAGCACUACUGUCUAAAUGGAAAGAAUGAGGAUAACAUUUGACAUUUAUAAACCAAGAGAAAGUGCAAGGCUCAAUGUUUGACUUGUAUUAGUUAAAGGAACCAUCUAGUUGGAGCAGGCUAUGCCAGGGAGAUAAAUAAUUAGCAAACACUUACCAAAACUUGUCUGUUAAUAUUUGUGAGUUUCUCUACAUCAGUGGUAACAUUUCUGAUCCCUUGAUUGUAAAAACGGAAAGCCAAACAAGGAGAUUUAUUACCCAGGUGGGGAUCCUGGGUAAUAAAUGGAUUUUCCUGGCAGUUUACUAAGGGCUGCUUCCUGAAAAUGGAUCUGUGUGGAAACAGGAAUGCACCCACUUGGAUCCAUUUGCAGAAUGUAGGCUCAUGGGUGAAAUUCACCCUGGUACAGGAAUCCAGUGCAAGUCUUAUGUACUAAUUACCUUUCACUUAAACAACCUAAAGGCCUUUUGUUGGGCUUCUGCACUGAGGCAAAAUUUUAGAGCCAGACAAUGUCUGAGAGUAUUUACCAGAGUAACAGUUUUGGUUGUCAAAGUGCAGAAGUUCAUCUCAGAUUGAUUAACAAAGAUGGACAGCUGAGUUAAAUCAUGAAUUAAACCAAUUUCUUUUACUGAAUGGAUUAAUUUACAAAAUAUGAUCAAGAGAUGGGAUGCUGUCAAGUGUUACCAAGAACUCCUGUCUUCCCAGAAGACUAUCCAUCAUGCAUAUGCACCGUCUUAAAGCAGACAGGAAACACAACCGUGCAUGAGAUCAAUAAAAUGACACAGACCUCCAACAUACAGCAGAAGAGAAACUCUUUCUGAGAGGGGAGCAGCAUAUUUGCAGGGAAGAAAAUGAGAGCGGGGGAAAGAAUAAGAAAGAGACAGAGAGAGAAGAGGAGUUUAUUAGGGAGGGACAGAACAAGGGAGGAGCACCUCCCCAGCUUACGAGCAGGGAAAGCUAGAUCCAUUCCCCCCAUCCUUGGGGGAAAAUGCUGCAGCUCCAACUGCUCUGCUCCCCCUCCGGUUAAAGAAAUGAUUGGUUUUUGGUGGCUGUUCUCCCUCCUCCCUUCCAGAGAAAUAGAAGCAUCUCCAGCCCCUCUCACCAAGCUAAAAUUUCUCUGCCCCUGGGAGAAUGGAUUUUCCUGAGCCUGUAUAUGUUGAUUCUGUUGUUUUCCCAGGAGGCAGAUAAGUGGGAUAAUGACUUAAUGGUGUUGUUUCAACACAAGGUUCCUUAAUGGCAUUCAUAAACUGUGUGUGUGUUUUCUAGAAUGAUCCACUGGGAAGAACAAAGGCUGGUUAAUGAAACCCACUAAAAAAACAACCAGCUCAGCAGAUGCCUAUCAAAACGUGAGACAGAAACUUGUGGCUGAAAUGAAAGCAGAAAGCAUCAAGCAGUUUCUUCGUUCGUUUACAAAGUUUCCUCACGUGGCAGGAACAGAACAGAACCUUCACCUUGCUAAGCAAAUUCAAGCCCAGUGGAAGGAAUUUGGAUUGGAUUCAGCGGAGCUCGUUCAUUAUGAUGUCCUCCUUUCCUACCCAAAUGAAACUCAGCCCAACUAUAUCUCAAUUAUUGAUGAUCAAGGGAAUGAGAUUUUCAAUACAUCGUUGUUUGAGCCGCCCCCUCAGGGAUAUGAAAACAUUACUGGUGUGCUGCCACCAUAUAAUGCUUUUUCAGCUCAAGGAGUGCCAGAGGCAGAUCUGGUGUACGUGAACUAUGGCCGCACAGAAGAUUUUUUCAAACUAGAGCGAGAGAUGGGAAUUAAUUGUACUGGAAAGAUUGUCAUUGCCAGAUAUGGGAAAAUUUUCAGAGGAAACAAAGUUAAAAAUGCCAUAUUAGCUGGAGCCAAAGGGAUUAUACUCUAUUCAGACCCUGCUGACUAUUGCGCCCCUGGAGUAGAUCCUUAUCCAGGUGGCUGGAACCUUCCUGGAGGUGGAGCCCAGCGCGGGAAUGUGUUAAAUCUGAAUGGGGCAGGGGAUCCUCUCACGCCAGGUUAUCCAGCAAAAGAAUACACCUUCAGGUCUGAAGUUGAUGAGGGAGUGGGAAUUCCCAAAAUCCCAGUUCAUCCCAUUGGAUAUCAUGAUGCAGAAAUAUUAUUACGCAUCCUGGGAGGACCUACAGCACCAGACAGUAGCUGGAGGGGGAACCUCAAUGUGUCUUACAACAUUGGGCCUGGAUUUGCAGGCAGCUAUUCUAUAAGAAAGGUCAGAAUGCAUGUCCACACUCACAGCAAAAUAACACGAAUUUACAAUGUUAUUGGCACUAUCAGUGGCGCGGAGGAACCAGACAGAUAUAUUAUUCUGGGAGGACAUAGAGACUCCUGGGUAUUUGGCGGGAUUGAUCCAACCACUGGUGCAGCUGUUCUUCAAGAAGUUGCUCGGAGUUUUGGCAAAAUGGUGAUGGAAGGUUGGAGACCUAAAAGAACUAUUAUUUUUGCUAGCUGGGACGCAGAAGAAUUUGGACUAUUAGGUUCCACAGAAUGGGCUGAGGAGAAUGCUAAAGUUCUUCAGGAACGGGCCGUUGCUUACAUCAACACAGAUUCUUCUAUAGAAGGCAACUACACUUUAAGAGUUGACUGCAGCCCCCUUCUCUACAAAUUGGUGUAUAAUCUGACAGAAGAGAUUGCAAGCCCUGAUGAGGGUUACGAAGGCAAGUCUCUCUAUGCGAGCUGGCUUGAAAAGGACCCCUCAACAGAAAGUAAAAGUCAUCCCAGAAUAAACAAACUGGGAUCAGGCAGUGAUUUUGAAGCUUAUUAUCAGCGACUGGGAAUCACAUCGGGCAGAGCCCGUUAUACAAAGAACAGGAGAGCAGACAAGUUCAGCAAUUACCCGGUUUACCACACCGUCUAUGAGACUUUUGAGUUAGUAGAACGAUUUUAUGACCCCACAUUCACGAAACAGCUUACUGUUGCCCAGUUACGAGGAGGACUGGUGUAUGAAUUGGCAGAUUCCCAGGUCAUUCCUUUCAACUGCCAAGAUUAUGGAGAAGCCUUAAGAAAAUACACAAAUAGAAUCUAUAAUUUGAGCAAGAAACAUGAAGAACAAGUAGAGACGUACGGAGUGUCAUUUGGUCCCCUUUUUUCUGCUGUGACGAAUUUCACAGAAGCUGCCGCUGAUUUUCACAGAAGACUUAAAGAGGUUGAUGUGAAUAAUCCAAUUGCUGUGCGAAUCAUGAAUGAUCAGCUGAUGUUUGUGGAAAGAGCUUUCAUCGAUCCUCUUGGUUUACCAGGCAGGAAAUUUUACAGACACAUUGUUUUUGCUCCGAGCAGCCACAACAAGUACGCUGGAGAGUCAUUCCCAGGGAUCUACGAUGCCAUGUUUGAUAUUGAAAAUAAAGCGGAUCAGCGCAAAGCCUGGGAAGAAGUAAAGAGGCAGAUCUCCAUUGCAGCCUUCACUGUGCAGGCUGCAGGAGGGACUCUGAAGGACGUAGCCUAGGAACAAGGCACCAGCAGGCUUGAACACAUGGCUAACUCUUAAAAAAUGGCAGUUAAUGUACUAGAGUGAUGCCAUUCCACUUUGUGCAUAGUAUUUACUAGGGUUGCAAUAUAACCAGCCUUUUGCAUACAGAAGUCCCAUGGGAGUUAGUGAGAGCUGUUGGUGUUAUGGGAUUGUUGGUUAAGGAACCAAUGUUGGCUGAGACUAGCAUAACUGCUGCGUUAAAAAAAAAAAGACUUUUUCCUUUGCCUUUUUUUGGAAAAAUGUCAGUUACAAAGCUUCCAUUUUCCAAAAGAUCCAUUAAUUUUGGGACCUCAGUUUUUGGGUUCUGAGCACUUCUGAAAAUCAAGCUCCCAAGCUGCAUCUGCACUAGAGAACCUAGAACCUGCCACUGGUGCAGUUUUGUUAGCAGUAGCAGGCAGAAGCCUUAAUGCAGACAGCGCUCAGGGGUUUAACACCAUGUGUCUUAAGAAUGCCUGAACUCUGUCCACACUAGAGCUUCCAUCACUGAGGCAGCUUUUGCAUUGGAUCUGAUCCACUAUGUCUACGCCUAUGACCUAAUUUUCCUAGUGUGGACAGUGAUUUAGGGCAUAGGAAUUGCAGUACUGGAUCAGACCCAUGGUUCAUCUAGUCCAGUAUCAUGUCUCUGACAGUGGUCAGCACCACAUGCUUCAGAGGAAGGUACAAGAAACUCACAGCUGUCCCCUCAUAGAGACUGAUAUACCGUGCAUCAUCAGGCUUUAUCUCCCUAUCCAUUGUCUUUGAUUGUGGGUGUGAUUAUAAAAGAUGGUGAGCACCCACAAUCCCAAUUUACUUCAAUGGUAUUAGGUGUUCUCCUCUGAAAACUCCAGCUCUAGGUGUCCCAUGCUGCGCACCCAUAAUCAGUGAACAGUUGACAAUGUAGGUCCAGAUGCUUUUUAUGCCAUUUUUAAUAAUCAAAUGAAGUACUAAAAAAAAACUAUUUCUAUGCAGAAGUUUUGAAAACCCUCAGGCUGAGAUUUACAAAGGGGAUGUGGGGGGAGUUAGGCAUCAAAAUCCCUUUUUGAAAUUGGGAAUUAAGAUUGUUUAGUCUGCAGAAGAGAAGAAUGAGGGGGGAUUUGAUAGCUGCUUUCAACUACCUGAAAGGGGGUUCCAAAGAGGAUGGAUCUAGACUGUUCUCAGUGGUACCUGAUGGCAGAACAA